UUCAGGGCAGAAGAUGGAGCUAGGGACAGGCCGAGAGCAUCCGAGGACGGAAACCUCAGGUGGCUUUCGAAGGGCGUGGGGGCGCAGGACUUCCCUAGAAAAGGUGCUUCUUGGGGUCUCUGGGGUGGCGGUGCUGGCCUGCAUGGCGGUGGUGGGGACCCUCGCUACAUCUCGCUCUCAAGCCUUCCCGACGCUCUCUCCCGACACGCUCUCAUCGCAGGCAAAGGAGUCACAGACAAGGCUGACUGCUGAGGUGAUUCAAGAUAAUUUUUUGAAGUUCAUGAAAGUUCAUGGUGAUAAAGCCCACAGGCUCCCUGUGUAUAACACUCAAACUGCGUCGGGCAAAGUGGAGAUCUGUAGUACAGAAGAGUGUGUGCUAGCUGCUGCAGAUAUCCUAGAUGCAAUGGAUUCCUCAGUUGAUCCAUGUGACAAUUUCUACCAGUUUGCAUGUGGCGGCUGGGAGCAGAAAAACCCCGUGCCGGAUGAGUCUUCAAGGUGGGGCCAGUUUGAUCUUCUCCGACGUGAGCUGAGCAACGCUCUGAGUGUCAUACUAGAGGAACCAGAAGCUGCUGAUGAUCCCUCACCUCUGAAAAAGGCCAAAGCCAUGUUCUCUGCUUGUAUGAAUACAACUGCUCUGGAAGAAGCCGGCCUAAUACACCUAACAGACUUCCUCUCUCUGUAUGGUGGAUGGCCCAUGGCUUCAGCAGAUUGGAAUGAAAAGAACUUUGACUGGCAAUCCACAGUUGCUGAUGCGAGGAAGGUCCUUAGCAGUGCAUACCUACUGAACGUGUGGGUGUUCGCUGAUCAGAAAGACACUGACACGACAGCCUUGUACAUUGAUCAAACCUCACUGGGCCUGCCAAGAUCUGUGCUAAUUAAUCCCUCUAACUAUGAAGAGCGAAUCAACGCUUACAAAACUUACAUGGUUGAGACCGCAUCUAUCAUGGCCAAAUAUCUUGGUCAGUCUGUAAGUAGCGAGGACAUCCAGUUUGAUGUAAAUGAUGUCUUUGACUUUGAAAUGCUUCUUGCCAAUAUCACGACCCCUGAUGAAGAUCGGCGAGAUAUUGACCGCAUGUACAAUCCCAUGACAGUGGCAGAGCUGAGUGACCUCACACCUGGCACCAGCAUCAACUGGCAGCAGCUCCUCUCCAAUAUGUUUGCCGUCGCUGGAAACCCUAUUGAGAGUACCACACGGGUUAUUGUACAGGAGGUGGAGUAUGUGAAGCGAAUGGCUGUACUCAUCGAUACCACAAACAAGCGGACACUUGCUAACUACAUCAUGUGGCGUCAUGUAAAGGCCCUCGGUGACGAGACCAACCAGGAGAUGCGUGAUGCAUCCUUCAGGUAUGCCAUGGUGGCCAAUGGAGUGACUGCAGCUGAACCUAGGUGGAAGGAUUGUGCUGACAAGACCAAUGGUUUCCUUGGCAUUGCCCUUGGAACCAAGUAUGUCGAGACCUACUUUUCGCAGCAGGCCAAGGAUGAGGCCAGUGAAAUGGUGGAGGACAUUCGCUCAGCCUUUAGGGAUCUCCUUGAUGUCAACGACUGGAUGGAUGAAGCAACUAAACCUCUGGCUGUGGAAAAGGCAGAUGCCAUUUCCAAAUUCAUCGCUUAUCCUGACUGGUAUGGAAACACCACCGCGCUUGAGCACUUCUAUGACGAUCUUGGUGAUGUCCACAUAGAUAGACACUUUGGCAAUGUGUUGACUCUCAGUUCCUGGUGGAGUACAGAUGAACUGAAUGACUUUGGCCUCCCAACGGAGCGAAGCAAGUGGUUCUCGGCGCCAACCAUUGUCAAUGCCUUCUAUAUGCCAGAGUUUAACUCAAUCACUUUCCCUGCGGGCAUCCUGCAGCCACCUUUCUACCGUGCUAACUCCCUGCAGGCCCUUAACUAUGGUGGUAUUGGCCAGGUAAUUGGUCACGAGAUCACUCACGGUUUUGACGACCAGGGCCGUCAGAAUGACAAGAACGGCAAUGCCAUCGCCUGGUGGACGAAUGCCACUUUGGAGGCAUUCAAGGUAAAAGCCCAGUGCAUCGUCGACCAAUAUGACAACAUUCGGGUUCCUGAGAUCGAUGAGUUCAUGCCAAAUGCCACACUCAAUGGUGUUAAUACGCAGGGUGAAAACAUUGCUGACAACGGCGGUUUAAGAGAAGCCUUUUUGGCCUACCAGAAGUACAUUGAUCGUAAUGGAGAAGAACCACGCCUUCCUGGCCUCGAUCAAUACUCCCCCCAGCAAAUCUUCUUCCUUUCUAAUGCCAACAUCUGGUGUGGUUCUAUUACCAAGGAAGGUCUUCUGAACCAGGUGCUUACUGACCCUCACUCCCCAGGCAAGUUCCGUGUAUUGGUUCCCAUGCAAAACAUGAAAGAGUUCUCGAGUGUGUGGAGCUGUCCUGGUGGCUCUAACAUGAACACUGAGGAAAAGUGUGUCGUGUGGUAAUAGGAAUGAGAGGAACAGGAGAAAUGUUUAUAUUUCAUUAUUGGUGUUUCUAACAACAAUUUCAAGUAUCUAGAUGAAACAGAAUUGUGAUGGAUAGGAAAAGGUGCUUAAUUGCAUAUCAAUAUUUUCAUUCUUUAAUCUUGUGGAAUACGAUGGCUUAACUAGUGACUUGGGGCUAGACUACACAUAUAUUAUGAGUGUAUGUUUCGUAUAGAAGCACAGUCUCUAUACAAUCAUAUUCUGGUGUGUAGAGUUAAAAGAAAUUUCUACAUGAAUAUAUACUUCCAAGUCUUCCUACAGUGGGAAAACUGAGGAAAGUAGAUUAAGGAUACAAUAAAAUAGAAAAAGAAUCUA